AUGAGCAUGGACGCUGGCGGUCUUGCUCAAAUGACAUACCAAUCAAAUCCGUUCGACAGCACUCGUCACCUUGGAGCUCCUGGUUCUGGCUUCGCAUCACGUGGAAAGGCCUCCCAUAUCAAGCGCCUCAGCGUUGCCUUACCUCCCAAGAUCUCCACCAUUGAUGAAACGCAGCAAAUAAAUGUUGGGUCUACCCCAAGAACCAGCCGUGGACAUCUCCUCGCUGGACUGCGAACCGCCCCCAAAUCUGCCACUGUCCCAUCGAUCAAUACACAGCUUGGGCUAGAUAGCAGCAAAUAUGCGGAUCCCAACCACGCGGCCCGUGUACCGCAGACUGCUACUGGUGCUUACUUUCCUGGUCAUACCCUCGGUAUGAGUUUGAACAGUGGCCGUCAAAUGUACUCUCUGCCUGAGCACGUUCUCGCACCUCCCACCAUCGAAAUCAAAGGUGAAGGCGGACAGAUGGAUCAGAACUAUUAUGAUGAGCUGGUCGCCACCAACACCUAUCUAGCGCAAAGACAACGAGUGUUGCAACAGCAGCUGAUGGAUGUCCAGGCAGCAGCGCAGCAACUUGGUGGCAUGAACCUGAACAGCAACUCUGCUGGCAGCCAACAAUAUCAGUCUACUUCAAACAUGAAUCUGUACAAUCAGCAGCUCCAGCAAGGGAUGCAACCCAUAAUCCAAGCAGUGCCAAAUACUCCCGGCUUAUACCAAGUCUACAAUCCCAUGACAGGCCAGACAAAUUUGGUUGUCGACAAUUCUGCUCAAGUUCAGACUCCAUUCCGGGACAUUCCUGAGGCUGUGCAGUCACCAGUACCGCAAACUCCCAGCUUUCAACGCCGGAUGUCCCCUCCGACCGAACAGGCAAGUCGCGGUCGAUCUCCGCCAAAAACGACUCCAAGUCCGCCUCAAGAUGUGGAGCCACUUCCUCCACCAUCUGCUAAUGCUUUCCGACGUGGUCACAAGAAGAGCACUUCGUCAUUCAGCACCAUUCGCACGGAUGGGCUUGCGGAAGCUGCUGGACCAAAAUCCGCAGGUAUCCCCCAGACGCCCCUCACUGGCACCUUCACGCCUGGCCAUGGACAAGCUGGUGUGAGGCCGAUCCGCCAGCCACGGAAUCCCAUCAACGUCAACGAGCUGAUGGAGGCUCCGACUUCCAAGCAUCCGGGCAGCAAGAACUUUGUGACCCGCCAACGACGUCGAGCAGUUCAAGAUUUGGUCAAAGCUGGACGGGAACGGCGAACAGAUGCUCGUCAAAGUAGUUCUGGAAGUGGCACUCCUGGCAGCGAAGUCGAUUUCAGUUUCUCUGUUUCUUCCUCCGACAACGACGACAUUGGUACUUCAUCCAGUGGCAACUUAUCCAAGAAGACCAGCCUCGGCAGUCUUCGUGCCGCAGCUGUUGGAGCCAUCGGAUCGGAGAGGAAGGAGAAAUCCAGAGAGAGGAGCUCGGUAGACAGUGUUGGCACUUACAGUGUCAAGAGCUUGAGCAGCGAUGAAGACGUUUCGGUUGGUGGAAAGAUGGUCGAGGUUGAACCUGCCAGACGCAAGACUCCCAUGUUGGUUCUUAGCAGUGCUGAGAAACGUAAGAGCGCCAUCUCGAUGAUGGCUUGA